ACCGUGGCAGCGCGACUAGUAUGACACAAGUGACGAGCUGUAUUUACAGAUUGUUACGCAACAAAAGCUGCUCGUUUGCUUCAGUGUCAAAGAGAUACCAAGCAUUUAUCGGAUGCCACAAACCAGGUUCAAUAAAAUGUGGUGCUCCCUAUAUUCCUCAUCAUGCUAUGGUGGAAGAUCUCCGUCUGAAUUACAACGUUGGCGACAGUGUGAAUGUGACGUGUAAUACCAGUGAUGCUUUCUUCCCCCUUCAAUGUCAUAACAAAGGAUUGUGGAGCGGGCCGCUUGCGUCUUGUCCCGAACCAAAGAGUGCUCCAUCAGUUGACUCUUGCACUGCCCCAGCAGUGCCAAUUGAUUCAACCAUUCAGAAUCUUCGUCUCUCAUACAAAAACGGUGACAGGAUGAACGUGACAUGUAACGAGGGCCCUGAGUGGUUCCCCGUGACAUGUGAGGAUGGAACAUGGACAGGCCAGAACAUAGUGUGCCCUGUCCCUGCCAUAGAAUGCAAUCAACCAAUCAUCUCUGUCGACGCAUACAUUGGAAAUGUUAAGCCUCGCUACAAGAAUGGUGACCAAGUGAACAUCACAUGUAACGACGAAUCUGAUUCUUUCAUUUGGUAUUGUCAGCGAGAUGGCUUGUGGCGUGGGCCUACCUUCGAAUGUUCUCGUACUCAUCCACUGCCUGAAGGGCAACCACCGUCAUCCCCGGGGCGCUUUACAAGACCGAAUACUGAGCAUGAUGGCAGGGAUUACUUUAUCACCGGUCUUCUGGUCACAGCUGUCAUCUUAUUCAUCCUUGUUCUGAUGUGUAUGGCUGUGUUCGUUAUCUUCAUGAGAAAUCGUGGGUACGAUUUAGUAACGUCAUCGAAAGACGCUCUUCAAGAUGAGAAUGGAUCUAGAGGACCUCUUCCUGACGUUCCUGAAGGAUAUGCCAACUACGUUGCUGGUGAACAGUCACUCUAUGUCGAACCAUAUCUCAAACAAAAUGGAGAUCACAUUCCAGCCUAUGAAGUCUACGAAAAACCAGUUUGAUUAAUUUAUCCUCGACAACGUAAACAGCUAAUCACUAUCAGUGUUAGAUUCAGCGUGCUUUUCCUUUUUUGUACCAAUCAUGUUAAUAUUUGUUUUUGUUAAGUUGUAAACAAUGUUCAGUUGAACAUGGAACAUGCACCAUCGCCUAAUAAUACUUGUAUUGAAUUUCAGUUGUGACAAUUUGAAUGUUAUUUUAUCGUAAAAUGUAUGGAGUUCUUACACGCAGUUAUUCCCUUCUACUUACUAAAUUAAAUGUAUAUUCAAUACAUAAAAAUAGCAAUCAAUUCCCCCCCCCCCCCGAUAAUGCAUUAAUUAUUGUCUUGAAUUCACCACUGAUAUGUGUUACAGUAAAAUGUAUGUUUAUUAGCGUUCUUGUUUAUUUUAUUUCUAAAUAUUUCAAGUAAGAAUAUGAAAAGGACAAUUUUUUCUCGCGUACCAAAUGUUAAAUAUUGAGAUUAAUUUAAGACGAGGUUAAACCUUUAUCGCUUUACAUACAAUAGAUAUCAAAUGUGUACAGUAUGAUUCUACAUGCAUUUGUUCAUAAUGUGAAUACUUUUCUGUCUUCAACUUACAUGUCCAGGUCAUUAUCAAAGUGUACGAUAUUCAGCUCAUUGAUUACUUUAAUACACAUGGAAUUCAUUAAUACCAAAUACGAUAUCUGCAAUAAAAAUAAUAAUAAAAAAAAAAAAAAAAACUUAGGUCUACUACUUUCAUUGCUUUAAAUCCAUUUUCGAUUUCAAUUUCAUUUUAGUCCGUUUAUCUAGCUAUACAUUAUUGUAACUUUGACUAGUAAAAACGGGAUGUUUUUUUUCCGCCAUUGUAAAUUUGAUGCGUUCUUUGUUUUUCGUAAAACAAGAAUUGUAGGUCUGGUUGAAAUAACGCUUUUCUUAAUUUGUGUGAAAUAAAAAUUUUAAUAUGUCAUAUUCUCAAGAUAAAGGAAUCCAUACAAAUAGAUUGUUUACAUGCUUGUUUUCUUUUAGGGGUCAUUGGCGUAUUGUUAACAUCAUGGAAUUGUAACCCUAUCAGUUAUAACCUAAUAUUAAGAAGAAUCAGUGUUGUCCCUGUAUUUUUUACGUUGAUUUUUUUGUAAAUAAAUGUCAAUCAAGCUUGACAAAAGAUGUGCUAUUAUCAGGAGGUGACAAAUUAAAUAUGACUGUAUACAUAUCCGGAAUUGAUCGGAAAUAAUUUUGUGGACAAAACUACCUUGCAUUUUUUUCUUCUGACUCGUUAAAUAUGAAAGCAUACAUACAUCAUAUAACAAUGACGAUGGAGGUGGAGAUAAGGAUAAUGAAAAUGAUGAUGAUAAUGAAACUAAUACUGUUAAUGAUGAUGGUAAUCAUAAUAAAAAUAAUGAUAAUAAUUAUGAUAAUGAUACUAAUACUUUUAAUGGCGAUGGUAAUCUUAAUAGCAAUAGUGAUAAUACAAAUAAUAAAAAAGCGUAGAUCACAAUGUCCUCAUUCGUAUAACGUUGUUUAUAAUCAAACGCAGUUCGUUCAUAAAUGGUUUAUUUAAUAUAAACAGGAAAAAACAGGAAGUCUAAAGAUCAUGAAAAGAAUGAUGAUAUUAAUUAUAACAAUAAUGAUGAAUUAUAAUAAUAUACACUGUUACUAAUUUUAAUGAGCAUAAUGCAAACAAUUAUGAUAAUAAUGAUACCAAAAAAAAAAAUAAUAAAGGUACGAAUACAAAGAAUUGAAGAGGACUGAGAACAUUUAAUAAGAAAGUGGUGUAUCUAACGAUGUUCGGCUUUUUAUUCGUUACACCAAUAUAUUAUAAUCUAUACUCAGACUUACACUUCUUAUGCUACGGAAAUGUUAUAAUGUAAUAUUGUGCUGUGAAUCUACAGAGAAUGGUAUGAAAAUAAAUUACUUACAUUAGCAUAACAUUUUUUAAUAUGAAUUUUAUUUCCUGUAACUGAUUUCGUAUGUAACCACCCUAAAUACGUUGAGAUAAUAAUUAUCAUGCGCACUCCAAUAGUUUUAUCCUUCUUUGCCUUAUGUAAGGUUGAGUUUAAGAAUACCCUAUAAUCGAUUUGAAUGAAAUAUAUACCUAAGAUAUCAGAGACUGCAUUU